AGUUGGAUUUCCGCAAAAUGCCCAUGGCCAUAGACUUACAUAAGGGCCCAAUACAAUGUUUCCACUGUCAUGUGGAAACUCUAAGCCCGGCUCUCGCACUGGUUGUUCGUGUGUUGCUAAAAUCAAAAGAACACCAAAUUCACACAAACAAGAUGUUUUUAUGAAUGAUUUCUCUUAAUAUCUGCUUUCUAAUCAGCUAACUUUUUCCGUGUUUGAAAUGUACCUGCUAAAGGCUAAGCAGUUCUAGUUAGUCAACACCGUUUUUCAGUCACGUUUUGCUUCUUGUUAUCAAACACAAUUUAAUCUGCUUUAUAGGACAAACAAACCUUAGAUAAGCAACCUGCAGCUCCAUAUGGGGAGUGCACCUUCGCUUUAUUAUGUCCAGCAGGUGUUUGUGCAUCCAUUCAGCUUACAGUAAUAUAAUUAAAAUGAGUGAAUACCCCAUUUCCUUCCCAUCAGUCCUGCGGACUUUAGCACCAGACCCAUAAAGAGUGUUUGUGAUUGUUUACAGCGGGAGAGGUUCUCUUGCAAGCAGCCUGUUUCUUCAAUUAUGUCUUCUUCGUGUGAGGCAGGACCGCCCGUUAGAUACAUACGGCGAAGGAGCUGUCGAGAAGCAAUUUGACAACAUACGGUGUUAUUAGCGGACAGCCUUGUUGUGUUACAUCAUAUGGACAGGAUUGAUUGAAAGCAGUGAUUUUACAGGAUAAGGUUACUGAGGGCAAGUUUGGUUGUCGCUGAUGAUGAAAUACAAGUUCAAGCUGAUAAUGUUUCCAAAAACCACAUAAUAUGGGCAGGGGAGGUAGGAUUAUAAAACCUCUGCUGUGGCUCUGUUCAGACACACAGACAAUCUCUCUCCCUCCUGAGCUUUACUACACGGAUUAUUCAACCACCAUCCAAACGAGACACCACGCUCACCAGCUGCUACCUGCUGCUAUGUGUAAAGGAUUAACAUCGCUGCCGACCUGCUGCUUGGAAAGGGCCAAGGAGUUGAAAGCAAGGCUCGGAAGCAUUAUGCAAAAGUCUAACUGGAUUCUUUCUGGCUGCAAAGUAGGGCAAAAUAAGCCAACCCUGGAGGAAUGUCUAAAGUGGAAACAGUCCUUUGAAAAACUCCUGUCCAGUAAAUAUGGACUGUGUGCCUUCACAGCCUUCCUGGUGUCAGAGUUUAGCGAAGAGAACAUCGCUUUCUACUUUGCCUGUGAGGAUUACAGGAGCACCAAGUCUCCUGCCAAACUACCAGCCAAAGCACAGAAGAUCUAUGAUGAAUUCAUCUGCAGUGAUGCUCCCCGGGAGAUUAACAUCGACCAUGAAACUCGCGACCUCACCAAAGCCAACAUGGAGACACCAUCGCCAUCCUGCUUCGACAUCGCCCAGCACAAGAUCUACAUGCUCAUGGCCAAAGACUGCUACCCACGCUUCCUCCGCUCUCCGUCCUACAGGGAUCUAGUCUGCCAAGCCAAACCAACCACCAAAGCCACCAAGCAGCCUCGGCAGGAGAAGAAGGCUUGAAACCUCCCCAGUGAGCUGAUGAAGGAUUGUUUGUGGCUCAUCCUAAAAGGCUGAGAUGGGCAAGACAGGCAUGGCUUUGGAUGCUGCAUCAAGAAGCUGGACGCGGGUGCAGACACAGAGUGUCAUGUAAAGGAGCUGUUGAAGAGCAAAUUCUGUAGACCCAGUCUACAAGAAGACAUGGAAAUGUUUCAAAGAAAGGCAAAAAGGGCAAAAGCUUCACUGGACAUUUGUGUGAAUAAAGAUGAAGCUUGGACAGAGAGUAACAGACAAUGACUGACAUUCAGACAGGAGGGCUGAAGAAGCUGGAAAGCACUUUUCUUUGCCUCAAGGCAAACUUUACUUUAGUUGUGAUGUGCAAUGUCUCUUUGUCAAAGUCUCACACUGUUUGUGUAUGGUUUGGUAUAUAAUUGUAUUUAUUUGAAAUCAUGUUUGUUUCAUUACUAUCAAACAAAGUUGAAGGAAAUAUUUGCAAUUUUAUUUAUAAAUUUAUAAUAUUUAUAUCACUGCUGUCUUUUUGUACAUACUUGAAAAUAAAUUUAAUUAUUAAAAAAUAAAGUAUUUCAAAAAUGCUG